AUGGCAGAGGAAGUAUGGGUGGGCACCUGGAGGCCCCAUCGCCCCCGGGGGCCCAUCAUGGCCCUCUACAGCAGCCCAGGACCCAAGUACUUGAUUCCACCCACCACGGGCUUUGUGAAGCACACACCCACCAAGCUGCGUGCACCAGCCUACAGUUUCCGUGGGGCCCCCAUGCUCCUGGCAGAGAACUGCUCCCCAGGGCCCCGCUACAGCGUGAACCCCAAGAUACUGAGGACUGGCAAGGACCUUGGCCCUGCCUACUCCAUCCUGGGGCGCUAUUGUACCAAGACCAUCAUGACCCCUGGCCCCGGUGACUACUUUCCAGAGAAAUCGGCCAAGCACGUGUUUGACUCAGCACCCAGCCACUCCAUUUCUGCCCGAACCAAGACCUUCCGAGUGGACAGCACCCCAGGCCCUGCCGCCUACAUGCUGCCUGUGGUCAUGGGGCCCCACACCGUUGGCAAGGCGUCCCAACCCUCCUUCUCCAUCAAAGGCCGCAGCAAGCUGGGCAGCUUCAGUGACGACCUUCACAAG